AUGAACAUGGUCAGAAUUCGUCAUAUUAUGGAGAUGCGGCGGGCUUGUAAAGCACCACCACUUUUACCGCCAAAACUCAGAAAGUUAGUAGAAUUUCAGAUACAUAAACAAAAAAUACAUUGAAAAUUUUCAGAGAAGCUUCGGAAUCUUCAGACAGACGUUAUCCAAAAGAUAUACUUGAUGUGAAUUGUCGAAUACAGUAAGUGAAAAGCAAGAAAAAAACUGCACAAAAUUUCAAUUAUUAUUCGAUAUUUUCAGAAUUCUGAAUCCGGAAAGAAUCCCAAGUGGAUUUUAUAAUUUGCAACUUUAUGAAAGUCAAGAUUCAGCAGAUGGUCCAUGGAAAUUAAUAACUGAAACUGACAAACUCGAUGUUGCUGAAUGUUAUGAUCUCGAAGAUAUUUUUGCAAUCGAAUUUUGUUUUGAACGUCCACAAUUUAUUCGAAUUGAGCUUUGCGAGGAUAAUAUUUUCAAAGCGGCUGAUGUUUUCUCGAUUGCACAAGUUACACUAAAUCCAGCUAAUAUUCAACUAUCGUAUGUUUGAAUGCUAUGUUCCAAAGAAAACAAAUAUUCAAAUUUCAGAGACCAAUCGAAAUAUUUGAUCGGUGAAAUUGAGAUUUGGACUCAGAUUCGUGAAAAACCACAACCGGUUGUCAUGCAAAUUGAGGCGAGAAAUAUUAAUAAUAAAUUUGCGUCGUCGAAUUCUAAUGUGGGUUUUGUUUGAAAAUGUGGGAAAUGUCUGGGGGAUUUUUGCGAGAAUAAAUUAUAGAUUUUUUGAAAAAAAAUCUGAAAGUCUAGAUUUCAAACACUGGGAGAAAUACACAAAAAUUGAAAAUUAGAAGUUUUUAUUAGAAUAAAAAAUUCUGAUACUUUCCAGCUCUACCUCGAAGUUUAUCGAUUAGAUGAGAUGCUUCAAAAACGAGUAAUUCACAAAUCUGAAUCAGUAAAACAAUCGCGGCUCAUUUGGAAAUCAUUCACAAUUCAAGGAGAAGAUAGUCCCGAUUCUGGACAACUUGAGAUUUGUUGUUUCAGUGAAGAUGAAAGAGAAGGUUGUAUUGGCCAAGCAAUUAUAACUUCAGAUGCCAUUAAGACUGGAGAACCAAUACCGGUAAGAAUUUUAGAAGGUCUCAAAAUUUAGGGGAUCUCUAAUUUAUAUUAAAAAAUAGGAAACUUAUUUUUUUUAAAUUUCAGAUGUUCCAUGAAAGUUAUCGAAUGGGUCGAAAACCAUGUGGAGAAUUCCGAGUUGUCAAAAAUCAGCAACUAAAAAUCUUCUCAUUUCUUGAUUAUCUGCGAUGCGGAACAUCGCUUCGUUUUGCAUUUGCUAUUGAUUUUUCUGUGCGUGAGCAACUCUCACGCGAGGAACAAAUUCAAUUUGCGAAUGAUGUUGAUUUCGCGGUCCGAUGUGUUGGCGAUGCCGUCGAACCUUUUAAUAGUGCCAACGCAUUUUUGUCAUAUGGUUUUGGUGCAAAAAUCCCGCCACAAUAUCGUGAAUCCAACAAUUUUUGCUUGAGUUUGGAUGUGGAAGCAAGUUGUCAAGGAGUUGGAGGGGUUAUUGGAUCAUUUAUGCAAUGUUAUCAGAGAGUUCAGCCGUCACAAUCUGCCAAGUUUUCGCAAAUUAUUUAUCAUUUAGCGAGGUUUGUUUUGAGAAUUUUAGGGUAAUUUGCCAUGCCAAGAGAACAUCAGGGUUCCGAACUGGGUCGGUUCUUGGGGCAGAUCGGGUCUGGUUCGAGUGGGUUGGACCCAGAUCCAGAACAAACAAAUGGAUGAACCACCCAGAAUCAAAACUGAAAAAACAGUUCUGGUUCAGACUCGACCCAAACCCGACUCGAACCAGACCCACCCAGAACCAAACCCAUUUUUGGAGAACCAACCCAGACCCAGACUCAAUGGGUCUGACUCGGGAAAGACCCAAACUAAUUCGAGAAUCAAAAAUACCCAUCCGAACCAAUUCAACCCAAAUCCAACUCAAAUCUAAACCAUGUGGACUCGGGUACCCGGGUAAAAAUGGUUCUGAAAAAAAAAUUCAAAUUUAUUCGAUAAUAAAAUAAUUCACCAAUUAUCGAAACAUUUAUUCGAUUCUCAUUGAUCGGCUAUUCAACUAUUUUUUCAAAGCUUUCUUUUGAAUAUUACUCGACUGAUGCCCUCUAAAUGAAUUUCAAUCAAUUUUAGACUGAAAUCAUGAAAAUUGGCUCGAAAAUGAUGGAUUUGUAAAACUGGAAGCUCUUCCAGAUUUACAAACUUUUUCGUUGAAAAAAUUCCACAAAAUCUGAAAUUUCGAUUCUCGUUGAAAAAAUUCAACAAAAACCGAAAUUUUGAUUUUCGUUGAAAAAAUUCAACAAAAACUGAAAUUUUUUUUCCUAUACCCGCUAGUUAUGGUUUUAAAAAUUUCUGAAAUUUGCGAAACAUAAACUUCUUAAAAAUAUUUCUGGAAAAAAAACUGGUGAAUUAUUUUAUUAUCGAAUAAAUUUGAAUUGUUUUUUCAGAACCAUUUUUACCCGGGUACCCGAGUCCACAUGGUUUGGAUUUGAGUUGGAUUUGGGUUGAAUUGGUUCGGGUGGGUAUUUUUGAUUCUCGAAUUAGUUUGGGUCUUACCCGAGUCUGACCCAUUGAGUCUGGGUCUGGGUUGGUUCUCCAAAAAUGGGUUUGGUUCUGGGUGGGUCUGGUUCGAGUCGGGUUUGGGUCGAGUCUGAACCAGAACUGUUUUAUCAGUUUUGAUUCUGGGUGGUUCUAUUUUAGAACUGGGUAUAAGUGGGUGGUUUUGGGUGGGUUUUUUUCGGUUUGACCCGACCCAAACCGAAAAUUCAGAAUCGGUUCGGAACCCUGGAGAGCAUUUUCUGAUAUGCUUUCAGAAAUUUUUAAACAAUCCAAUCUUAAAAAUCGCUUGAGUUUCAGAAAUGCACAAACAAGUUUCAACCGUGUCGCAAGCUAUGGCAGCUACUUUGUCCUUUUUGUAAUCACUCGUGGAUCAGUAGAAGAUCUCAAAGAAACUGUCCAAGCAGCCAUAUUCUCAUCAAAAUCACCAAUUUCAAUUGUUUUCAUCGGUGUUGGAUGUGAUGGUUUAGAUGAGAUCGAGAGAAUUGGAAACGCUGGAAAACGUCUUGAAUAUCAGGGUAGAAAAUCGGAACGUGAUAACUUACAAUUCGUAAAUGCCACAAAAACUAGACUUGAGUCGGAUAAUUACAAUGAGAUGUCGACGAAUUUUAUUGAAAAAGCUUUGGGACAAAUAACUUGGCAAAUGUCAACAUUUUUCAUGCAAAAUCAUGUGACACCUGGAGGUGGAUCUGAGGAUAAUGGAUCAACUGGAAGUCGAAGAAUGAGUUCUAUGAGUCGAGAAAGUUCGAGUGUUGAACAAUUAAAUUUGGGAAGCUCCUAUGAUGAUAUUAGAUUGAAUAGUCGACUUGCACAAAGAUCUUCGGAAACUGAGCAGAAAAAGUUAGUUUUGGUUGGGAACUUGAAAAUAUGUAAUCUUCAAAAUUUCAGCCGCCGCCGUCAUUUGACAAGUGAGAUGAGAGCUAUGACAAUCGACGAUUCUCGACAUUUUUGA